AUGAACGACGGCAAGCAAGAAAUGGCGACGACGUUAGGAACUUCGUGUUUCAAAUAUCUUGAUUUCAUCGAUGUACCUCAUUCAAUUCGAUUAUCAGUGAAUUUCGAAAAUAUCGACCAACCACUAUUUGAUCAAUGUUGUAAAUUAAUUUCAUCAAAUGAAGAGAUCUUUACACAAAUCCACUCAUUAUAUCUAUCAAAUGAAAAUACCUGUUGGCAGAUUCAACCGUUUCUCUCUCGGUUUUCACUUGAUCGAUUCAUUCACCUUCAGUCAUUAACUCUAAAGGCAGUCACAGAAGACAAUCUUGAAUUAAUUAGAUCAACUUUACCAUAUCUCGAACAAUUAACUUCAUUUAAUUAUACAGAUUUUGACACACAAAGCGAUGCCAUUAUUUCCGUUUUACCAACGUCGAAACUCAAAACAUUAUCAAUUCCAACAUUACCCAACAGCAUCGCCGACAUCGACCGAUUUUCAUCUCUUGAAAAUCUAACAGUAUCAUCUUGCAAUCAAAAUCAACUAACAUCAAUAUGGAAAAGUGCCUCACGAUUGAAACAUCUCCAGAUCAGUACUUGGAGCCAUUUAAGCUUUACGGAAGAUAUUUUUGCAAAGCUGUCUUAUGUUGAUGAUGCUAUUCACCUUACGCAUUUGACGAUCGAACAUUUUCCAUAUGAUAACGAUACUCUUCGGACGAUUUUUAAGCAAACACCGAAUUUAACGUACUUAAAGAUAGAUGUAUUUUAUGGUGACAAUGCUAUUCGUGCUUCUGUAUGGGAAAAUAUCAUUCGUCUAUAUUUACUUCAUUUGAUCCAUUUUCAAUUCGUAUUUUCUUGUGAUCGUCAUAUGGAAUCGCGGUGUAUUGAGAUGGGAUUUGAAGAAUUUCGAGGACAAUUCUGGGUGGAACAACACCACUGGCGUACUGAAUAUGUGAUAUCAAAUCGUUCAGCAAGGAUUUAUACAACUCCGUACAUUUCAAAGAUGUAUCGGAUUGAAAGAGGCGCUUCUACACAUUGCAAUUCCACGACAAAUGAUACCGAUAAAUUUGAUAAUAUUAGCGAUUUAGCUAUUGAUGUUGAUGCUUUAGCUGAAGGAGCAUACCCUUCUUAUUUUUCUCGCAUCACAUCACUUUGCUUAUCUAACACGCAACUUAUGGAAACAGAUUCAAUCAUGAAAAGGACACAACUUGAAUCUCUGAAAGCGACUGUUAAUUUACUGAAUGUAACAAGUUUGAAUAUGACAUCGGCAAGUCGAUCGAUCAAACCAUCAAUGCUGUUAUAUCUUUUGAAAGAAGCACAACAGAUUUCAUCGUUGACUAUUGAUAGAGAAUAUCUAAAAUAUUUAUUUCAAAAUGAUGGAUUAUGCGAACAUUUAACAAGAACGAUUUUGAAAUUAGAAGUAUCUUGUAAUGGUAAGAGUUUAGUCAAUAACCUCAGCCAAUUGAAACGAUUUUGUCAAACAUUUUCAUCGAUUAGACAUUUGACAUGUAUGAAUGACAAUGAGGAAUUCAUAUUGUACUUAUUCAAACAUUUAUCUCAGUUAAUAUUGCUUAAUCUUCGAUCUCUAAAUGACUUCAAUUCAAUGUGGCUGAAAGAUUGUCUCCAGGAGCUAGGAAAUGUCGAGUUUGUUAAAUCGUCUGAAGAAAUAAAGAUUUAUUUAUUUCGAAAGUAUCAAACGUAA